AGGCCAGGGAGGAGGGACAGAGGGUGCGAAUGUUGCGCCGUACAGGUAGAGUCUGUAGAUAUGGGUGGGUUGUCAGUACCAUAGAGCGAGAGAGAGUAAGAGAUGAAGAAGUGGUCAGAGACAUGGAGAGGAGUUACAGUGAGGUUGGAGGUAGAGCAGUUUCUAGUGAAAAUGUAGUCAAGGUGGUUGCCGGCUUUGUGAGUGGGAGGGGAGGGACUGAGUGAGAGGUCAAAGGAAGACAGUAAGAGUAAGAGAUCACAUGACUUCUCUGUCUGGAUGUUGAAGUCACCCAGAAGGAUGAGCGGGGGGCCGUGUUCCGAGAAGUUUGACAGGAGGGCGUCUAGCUCUUCCAAGAAAUCUCCCAAAGAGCCAGGGGGACGGUAGAGAACAACAAUGUGUAGUUGAACCGGAUGAGUAACAGUCACAGCAUGGAACUCAAAAGUCAGUGGGAUAAAGAGUGGAAGCGGGUAGGGAGAGAAACACCAUUUGGGUGAGAUGAGUAAACCUGUACCUCCACCCCGACCAGAGGGUCUGGGUGUGUGGCUGAAGGAGAAGGCCGAGGAGAGAGCAGCCGGGGUAGACGUGUUGUCUGCUGUGAUCCAGGUCUCAGUGAGAGCCAGGAAGUCAAGCGACUGCUCCAUGGCAAAGCCAGAGAUGAAACCGGCCUUGCGGUUGGCUGACUGACAGUUCCAGAGGCCUCCCGUGACAAGGUGCUGAGUGUGAGUAGAACGGGUAGGUCAUAUCACCGGAUCUGCCUCCUCCACGUCCUUAUCUCUUUCUGCCUUAUCCAGUCUGCUGUUAUAUUCAUCUCUCGUUUCAGUCACCUGUGCAUGAAUCAACUGGGUGCUGUAUACUUUUCCAUCGUUGCUCUCUGCAUGUGGUUUCUUUUUCCAUCCAGUCGCUUGCUGGUCAGCUCAAGUCUCUGGUACCACCUUCUGGAGCUGCUCCUGGUGCUCGUUGUUCUUCUGGUCAUUGUUCCCCUCCGCAUAUCAACCGACCUUUACUUCCGGCCUAAUGGAACAGAUCAGUUUCAGUGAAGCUCCACUUAUUACCUUCGCAUUGAAAAUGCGGAUGGUUAUGUUUUGAUCGCCGUGUAUUUAUUUAUUUAUUUAUUUGUAUGCGUGUUCCUCGCAUAACACAAAAAGUUUUUAACCGAAUCGCCUGAAUUUUGGUGGGAUGAUUGGUUAUUAUCCGGGGACCAUUUGAUUAGAUUUUGAGAUCGAUCGGGUCAAAGGUCACGGUCAAGGUCGUGGAAAGGUCAAAAUCUUCUUUUUACCAUAGCACGGUCAAUUUGUAUCCAAUUGGCAUGCAACUAAUGCCAACAUGUUCAUAAUUCAAUGCCCAAUCUUGUGAUAUGCGAAGGUAUGCGCUCUACUGAGUGCCCAUUCGAGUUUUUACAGUUUCACACCACAUAAAAAAUUUGCCAUCACCGACCAGUUUCCGUAAUCUCCCAACAAACAAAAUGAGCUCAUUAUAUACACCUCGCUCUCAUUAGCCCAUAGCAUACCAUCUACAGGUAAGUAUAUAUAUAUUUGCAAUACAUAUCUACGUGAUUUUACCAACUCAUUAUCCACGCAUAAUGUAUCUAAAUAAACAGCAACACAUAAGUUCACCUCCCCCUACACUCAAAAAACGAUUCAAGCCCUUCUUAGAGGUGACACAUUUAAAUAUUGUUUGAUACAUUUAAAUAAAUCAAUUACAAAACGAAGAUAUUUAUUUUGAAUGGGUGUAACACAAAAUGUAUGAAUACUUUCAUUUAUUAGAUUUAUUUAGGUUACACUCACAAAAACGAUUCAAGCCCUUCUUCGAGGUGACACAUUUAAAUAUUGUUUGAUACAUUUAAAUAAAUCAAUUACAAAAAUAGAUAUUUGUAUUUAAUGGGUGGAACACAAAAUGUAUGAAUUCUUUCAUUUAUUAGAUUUAUUUAGGUUAGAUGGUGUGCAUAUCAACUCAAAAUAAAUGUGUUUCAGUGAGGACUACCCUUUGCGCAUGCGCCAGCUGAAAAUCAGUUGUUUACAAGGUGAAGACACUUUCAGGGCUGUACGGUGGUGUAGUAGCUAGCACCGUUGCCUCAAAGCCAAAGGUCUGUGGGUUCAAUUCCCAGUCGGGGCGUUCCUUCUGUGUGGAGUUUGCAUAUUUUCUUAGUUAGUUAGUUUAUAUUUUGAGUUGGACAAACACAAAUUAAUUUAAUUUAAUGAAUAUCGUUAUUUUAUUUUAGAUGUAUUUGAUACAAAUGAGUUGGACUAACUUAAUUACAUUUUAUUGCACUGAUGUGCUAAAUUUGAGUUGGAGUUGCAUAUAAUUAUUGGAUGGAAAACCUGCCAACAAUUUAAUUGAGUUCAUCCAAUGAGUCAUUUCUUUGAGUGUACCUGCUUCUUUGUGGACCCAUAAAUGGAUGCACAAGCCCCCGGGGAACUAUUUUGCCCGAACACCCUGAGAAGAGGAAACCGUAAACAAUAAGAGGUGAGUUGUUGCAAUAUUUAGCUUGUCAAUCUGUUUGUUCCCAUGGAGAAAGAGAGGAACAACUCGAUGUCCCAGCUGUGCACAUGGCUCCCAGCAUUCACAGUCCAACAAUAAAUAUAUUCAACACCAUUGUGUGUGUGUGUGUGUGUUUUUUGUUCUCCUUGGCAACUUCAUUCAUCACAUUUGAAAUACUGUCCUCAGCAUAGGUAACGGGUGUUCUUGCCCAAGGACACAUCGACAUGGACUAGCGGAGCCCGGGAUCAAACCACCGCUCCUCUGAUGGAAGGCCGACCCUGCUCACCACUGAGCCACAGUCACCCCUAACUAAUUCUGUAUUAGCCCCUUGAUAUGCUGCUAUAAGCCUAGACUGCUAGGGGACAUCUUAGGAUACACUGAGCUCCUCUCUCCUCCUCUCACCCUUCUUCUGGACAAAUGUACGUCUCUUCAAUGCACAUUACUAACUCUACUUCUGUUGAGUCUUUCUCUGCUUACAGGUUUACAUGGAUCGUGGUUUUAUCUGUACCCUGGUCCUACCUAUCCCCUACAGCUAUCAUCAUUAUUAUUACUUGCAUUUUUAUUUAUAUAGCCAAUACCAUAAUUAUCAUUAUUAUAAUAUUACAUCCAUCCUGCUGCUGGUAUUAUUUGGUGGAACUUGUUUCAUCAUGCCUACUCCUCCCAGUAUAUGAAUAAUGUAUGUCAUAUGCAUUGAAUGUGCUGUUGUUUUGUUCAUCUGUCCAGAUGACAUCUAUUGUACAUCUGUCCAUAUAUAUAUAGGGCAAAAGCCCCCACCACCCCCCUCAAAAGAGGGAAGUGCAUUUGAAUAUCAUCGAGAGACUCGCUAUCUGUCACAAUGGAGGAUAUUAAAAAAGAUGAAAGUGACUUAUGCAAAACGUAUUACUCCUAAAAGAAGAGGAGAAAGAGCACAGACGUUAUCAGUAAUCCUGACUGAAGGUUUCUUCAGCUACUCAGAAAGAGAGUUUUCUCCUCCAGCACCAAGAUGCUUUCAAUGCCAAAGAACGGCUCAUACUGCCAGCCAAGUGUCAAGGUAAAGAAGGAUGUGCUCCAUGUGGAGGUAAUCCUGCUUUUGGGAAGGAUCCGCCCAUUAAAUGUUGUCAUUGUGAAGGAGAUCACAGUGCAGCUUUUGGGAGAUUUCAUUCCAUCCCAGCUGACAUCGGGCAAAGGCAGGGCACAAAUAUAGAGACAGACAACCAUCCACGCUCACAAUUACACCUUAGGGCAAUUUAGAGUCUCCAAUUAACAUGAGCUGCAUGUUAGAGGAACCUGGAGAACCCGGAAGGAACCCGCGCUGCAACGGGGGAGAACGUGAGACUCCACACAGAAGAGCCGGCCGGGAUCGGGAAUCAAAUUCCAUCCCCGAUUGCUCUGGGUUGACAGUGCUAGCUUGUAGACCACCAUGCAGUCCUGCUUUUGAGGGAUGUGAAGUACAAAAGCAUGCAAGAGAAAAACAGAAAUAUAAACUACUCAACAAAGUGUUGCAGUAUAUUUUGUAGAAAGAAGAAAGAUGUUAAACCAAUAUGAGAGUGGCUUUAGAAAAGGAAGAUCUACAGCAGAUGAUCGCAUUAACGUGAGUACCGAAAUAGAAAAGACUUCACAUGAAGGAAGAGACGGCUUUAGUUUUCUUUGACGUUGAGAAAGCGUAACAUAGGCACAGGUGGAAGGUUAUAUAACUGGACAAUGGAUUGUUUUAUAAUCAAAUAGAACAUUUAAAGUAGGUUCAGAAAUCUUAGAAGGUUCUGACCUCAGUAUACAACCGGGUCAAACAGUUUGAGAGGAUCCUUUAACUGAAGUUUAUGUCAGUAUAGAAUUUACAAUAAUUUUUUAUUUCUAAGACUGUCGGAUUAAUGAGAGAUAUGCAACUGUAAAGAAAAUGGUGAAAUUUGUUGAUAGUGUGCAGGAAGUUCAGCGUGGAAAGAGAAAGACUGAAAGGUUGGGGGGUAGCUAUAUGAAGUCUUUUGACAUGUUUUACAUUCAUGAUAAUAACAAUAUUACUCUGUUUUAAAUGACACAUGUCCUAAAGUCAUGAUGAUGGUGCUGUAUGCACCGUCAACGUUAAUUUUUAGUCCACCCAUAAACUUCAGAAGAAGGAGAAGUAGAAGAAGUCUGACGGCCUCUGCACCUGAGGCCGUCGACACACACCAGCUGAAAGAGGUUGUCUUGAUGAAAAUUGCCCCGGUAACGAGGAAUAAAAACACCCCACAGUGUCCAGAGCCAGCAUGCAUCAUGAUGGCGUUCUUUUGGCAACGUGCUCUGCUUGUGAGCCUGGCUGCGGCCAUGUCGGUGUAUGCAGACAUGAAGCUGGACUGCGGAACCGAUUCUGUGACGUUGGUGUGGAGGGAGGGCAGGUCCCGGGCCGAUACCUCGCUCUUCCGUCUGGGUAACUGCUUCCCCACCAGCUUCUCGGCCACCGAGGCUGUUUUCAGCGUGGACUUCGACGACUGUAACUUCAGGAGAAUUGUAACUGGGGAUCGCUUGAUGUUCACCAACGAUCUGACCUACAGUUCCUCUUCCUCCUCUGACCCUCAGGCCUUCACUCACCCCGUUGUCUGUGUAUAUGAGAGGCCUGAAGACUGGUACCCGCGGCUUCAUGCGCCAAUUUUCAACACGUACGGUCUCGGAGAUCUAGAGUUCCACUUUGGCCUCAUGAAUGCUGACUUCUCUGGCCCAGCUGAAUCUACUACCUUUCCUCUGGGCUCCUUUAUCCCGAUCAUGGCUAGCGUGGCACUGGAGGCCCAUCAGCCCUUGCUGCUGUUUCUUGAGGAAUGCGUAGCGGCUACCACACCGGAGCUGCAGCCUGAAAGCACUUUGUACCCGAUAAUCGCCAAUGAGGGAUGUCUUGUGGACAGUCUGGUAUCGCGCUCUAAAUUCGAACGAAGGCAAAAAUCCUCUGAGAUCCACCUUUCCCUUCAAGCCUUUAGGUUUGGUCUCGGCGAAGAGGUGUUUAUUCACUGUAAACUUGUGGCUUGGGAUCCCAACCAUCAGGACAACAGCAAGAAGGCCUGCCACUAUGACCAAGAGCAUGGCUGGGAGCAGUUGGACAACUCUGCCUCCCGCUAUCUCUGUGCCUGCUGUGACUCUGACUGCAAGUCCAGGAGGGUCAGGAGUUCAGCAUCAGGGAAGCGUGGAAUGGCACAAAAAGCUGUCCUUGGGCCGCUGACUGUCACUGAUGUGAAUUAUUGAUUGUCCAGGCCUGGAUCUGUCUUGCACACUGGCUCUUCAAUCUGAAUUGGAUUUGUACUGUUUUUAAACUUCUAAAAGUGUAAUGCCUCCCCAAUGUUAUUAAAGAUAACUAUAC